AUCGGGGUUAUUCCCAAAUACUUGGAGUCUUCCACUUGCCCGAAACAGGAUAAUCGCUGGCUUCAUAAAACUUUCCACCAUCAAAAUGCAACGACCACCAUCGCAACCAUUACCGCAUAAUAAAAAUGGGCGCCAAGAAGUGUAA